GUCUGUCUCUUCCUGAACUCUUCAUCUGAGCGUUUACUGAGAUGCUUCAAUGACCCUCUGGUUUUUGUUUGUUUCGCGGCACGAUCAGUCCCUACUGUCCUUUACAUGGAAAAAGACAAGGGAAACCCAGUCUUCCGAAGAAUAAGUUAGCACAGUCAAGCAAAGCAUGCACAAACUGUACCUCAUCCUGCACCCCGAGUCCAUCACACACACCCCUUUGAGGAGAGGAUUAGUGAGCUUCCUCUUUGGUCCUUUACAAUUAUGUUUGUAUUGCAUUGAUGAGAGCUAUUGGGUCUUUGCAAAGUUGUUUUUCUUUACAAUUUUGUUGUGACUGUAUGUGUUGCUCCCUUUGUUGGUACUUUCUAGAACAGAACAGGGUUGGAGAAGGUAACUCCAAUAUUCCAGGGCCCAGGGGGACACCUGUCAGGCUUCCUUUUUCCAGAGUUAAAACCUAGUUUUUAAUUCCUUUAAGUCCUGAAAGUCCAUGCAAGACUAGGUGAGAUGGACAGGAUUGCAGAUUUAGACCAGGAAGGGGCCUUAGCGUUGUUAAGGGCUAACAUUCCAAUCGUUACAGUGUGAGAUCAUCUAGUGGAAACCCCCUGUCUUAGAGAAAAGGAAGCCAGCCCAGAGGGGGAAAGGGAUCUCCCAAAGGUCAUGUCAGGUCAUAGAAAAGUCAAAAAAGAAACCUGAAAGUAAAUGGUAGAGUGACAGCUUCAGGCCCGGUCAUCCUCAGGCCCUUUCCUGUUACGACAAUGCUGCAUUUUCCACAUUGCCUGGAAUGUAUCACCCAGGAGGUGCUGUGUUUGAGUGCCAGGCCUAGAGUCAUGAAGAUCUGAGUUCAAAUCUGGCCUUAGGGCCUAUGUGAGCUUGUCAUUUAUGUGGCUUAGUCCCUCAGUUUCCUUAUGUGUAAAGUGAGGAUAACAAUGGCACUCACCACCCCGCCAGGCUUUGUCAUGAGGAUUAAAUGAGAUCAUAUUUGUGAAGCGUUGAUGACUGAAAAGUGGCGGGCCAAAAAGAGCUUCAGAAACAAUGGAGCAAAAUGGUCUUUUCAGGGAAGCCAGGGACGAGCCUACCUCUUUAAUUCUGUGGUAAAUGUGGGCUGUGGCCCCGCCGAGGAGAGGGUCCUUCUCACUGGCUUACACGCUGUAGCCGAUAUCUAUUGUGAAAACUGUAAGACCACUCUGGGCUGGAAGUAUGAACAUGCCUUUGAGAGCAGUCAGAAGUACAAGGAGGGCAAGUUCAUCAUCGAGUUAGCUCACAUGAUCAAGGACAAUGGUUGGGAGUGAGCUGAGGGCGGGCAGCAAGAGCCCGCCCAUCCCCCAAGCCGCGGGGCCCAUGACACUCGUCCCCUGGGCUUUCCACUGGGGCAUCCAUCUCCCGCUCCCUUGUUACUGUAAGCUUGUGCUGUCGGAGCUGGCCCCUCCACCACACCUGGGCCAGACCAGCGGAGAGUGGCCAGGAGUCCCUGGGCCGGGGCUGGGGAUGGAUGGAGACUCUCGGUGCCGGCGUCCACGGAGGGGCAGGCUGCCCUCGUGUGCUGCCCAUGAUCCCUCCUGCGGAGGUGGUUGGUUCAUCCCGUCCCCACCCACUCUGGAGGAUAUUGGCUGCACUUUAGAUAGGCUGUUAACAAGGGAAUAGAUUGAAUGGAAGGCUCUGCCUUGUUCCAAGAGUCGUUCCAAGCCGCUGCCCACUGAACUCGAGAGGGCACCUCCAUGCCAGCCCCGCCAGGAAAACCACACGGCACGAUUUCCCUUUGGAUACUGCUGCUCUACUUGGAUGGGAACAGCCAGCGCUCCUAGGCCAUCCCCUGGCUGGCUCCCCCUAGCGGCGGAGUUUAACGCACUGGAAAAAAAAAAGCAAAGGGAAAAACACAAAAGAAAAUUCUGCAUUAAUAUUUUAUUGACUCUUGGUGUCCUUUAACAAAGAUGGUUAUUUUUACAUAGGAAAGGGGCCAGAUUAGACAGAAAGCCCCUUAUGAGGACUGGAGAAUUGUUCGUUUUAAUUUUCUUCAAAAGUUUAAGUUCCAAGAUAGUUUAAAACGUUUAAAAUAAAAGGGUGUUUGAUUUGCUGGAUAAAUCAUCCCCUGAAGCCUUUUUCUAAUAAAAGUCAUAUGAAAUGCACCCCUUUCCCCCUUCCUCUUCCCCCCAGUUGCUUUGAAACUGGAUUGAAGGAAACAGGCACGUAUGUCCAGGCUCCGAAAGGCUGUGCACGUGUUAACAGUCGAUGGGUGACAUUCUCCAAGCAAAAACUACUCUGUGUCCCCACUGCCAUGUGUCUGUGCUCAAGCUGCGCAUCCCUUGCAGGGAGACGGCACCACGUCCACAGAAGUCCCCAGAUGCCUUGGAGCUGAGCCCCAGUCGUUCUCUUUGCUACCGGCACAACUUUCUGUCCGGAGACCUUGCUGCUGCAAUGGUGCUUUUCGGAGGGAAGCUCCAGUGACUCAUCCCGCCCUCAGCCUUUGAUCUAAUUGGAUGCCAGGAAAGGUUUAGGAAGAGCCUCGCCUGCUCCUCUGGGAGCUUUGGGCUUUGUGCUAGCCCUGUGUGCAGUUGAGACAACCCAUCCAGUACAAGCAAGGAUGGAGGGGAAAGAGUGGUUAGGACCGCACUUAAUUCUUGGAAGAAUUCCUUCUGAAUAGUUCAGGGGGAGCCACGGCAGAAAACACCCAUUCGGCCAAAUCGGUGUGAAUUCUGACCCCCAAGCCGGUGACACGAGGUUGUGAAAUUGACCUUGUGGUCAAGUGCUUUGGGCCAAUCACCAAUGCCUUGGAGAGGCAGCAACAUGAACAGCGACCCAUGAAAGUCACCAGCUGCCACGCCUAGUGGCUCCAGGGCACCAGACUGGGAUCACACUCAACACGCUAGCUUAGAUUGUCGCAGUGAAAGUUUCUUAUACCAGCCAGAUGAUUUUCAAGAAAACCCUCUUAAAUAAACGCUUGAAUUUUGAAUGUAAAGAAAAUAUUCAACAAAAUCUUUUAAACCUCUAGCUGUAAUGGAACAUCGGCCCACAGAGGCCCAGCCUAGGGCAAGCUGGCUCUCACGGGCCUGUGUUUUCAGUCCAUUUGUGCGUACUUCCGAAUAUCUUAAGCUGUGUAAGGCUCAAUGACCUGGAUUCUCUUGCCACCAAGUUGCGAAGAUGUGAGAUGAGCUGUGCAGCUACCUUCAGUGCCUCGCGCUGGUCUUGGUUUAUUGCCGAGUGGGGAGAUGAGUAAUUAACACUAAUGAAUCGUGGCAUUUUCUUGCUUUUCCUUUCCCACUCGUGGGGAGGCUUGGUGGCAGUGCUGGAAAAGAUUCCCUUCCAGACAGCCAGCACAGAAGGCUCGAUGAGGGAUUCGGGUAUAGGGAGCACCCAGAUUCUGGGGGUUUGGGAAAGGAGCCAGUCUGGUUACUGAGCCUUCUUUCAAAAAAAAUAUUUUAACUUUACUUGAAGAGAGAAUUUUACUAUGUGUUUUUCUUCUAACCCAUUUUGUACAUAUAUUAAGAUUAUAUUUAAAGUUUUUAUAUAUGUUCUGGGUGAGUUUACUUCCUCUCCAAUGUGAGCACUUUUGUGACUUGUACUGUCUGUCUUCUCUGUGGUAUACACACACACACACACACACACACAAACACAAACACACACACAUAUUUUUUACUAUCAGUCAUAACAUUGACAUUCUUUUCUAAGUGAGGCCAUAGCUUUUCCAAGUUGUUGUUGGUGUUACCAUUUUGCAAAGCACUAGCCACCGCCACUUUGGACCAAACAGCCUGAGGAGGCUUCUCCCAGGUGUCCCAUCCCACCCUCUGAGGAAGGGCCAGCAAAUACUGAUGUGUCCUAGAAUGCUUAUUGGCCACCCAGAAAGCUUCCUGGCCUCUUAAUCAGACAGUUUUCAGUGGUCUGAAGUCUUGGUUUUCCUGGAAAGUUGUGUCUCCCUUCCCUGGAGAACAAAGGGUGCGUUUGUCAGAAGCUGCUUGUCCAAUUGGGUUGGUUCCUCAGCUUGGUUUUUUUGCUUGUGCUCUGAGAAGCAGUGUUUUUCUACAUUGAAAAAAAAAGGUCCUCACUUUGAUUUCUCCGCCUGGGAGAAUGGUUGGAGACUGUAUGUGUAGCCUUUGGCCAAGUGUGUUGCAAUGUCCCUGACGUGGUGCACUUGUGUAACCUUGGUGCUUAUGGGAACCUUGGAACCCAGUGUCUAGGGAACAUGUUCUGUCCUGGGGACUGGGCCCAAGGCUUGCCUUUUUUACAUUGCAUUUAUCUAAUGGAAAGGAGCCUGUCACUGUCCCCCAGCCCCCCGCCCUUUGGUGGCCUGGUUGCCCCAUUUGCUCCUGACCAUCCCCAGCAUCACAGGGGCUGCACGCUUUGGCCAUGGAGGGAGCCCAGGGAAGGAGUAGCCACAGAACUGGGCAUUGCCCAGACUCACGGGUCUAGAGCGUUGGCUUCCUUCACUGCUGUAACUUUGGGUUGUAACGUUAUGAAACAAUUUAUUAUUAUUUUUUUUAACAAAAGCUUUCUCUUGAGCUCAUGCUUUACCGAUCUGUUAUUCCAGAUAUCAAAAUAAA